UCACGAAGAAAUUGUUUUUCACUGUUUGUUCUUCAGGCUAGGGGAUGAGUGAUAUGAGUCGUAUAGAUUUGUCGAGUUGUAAGAAAAUAGACAAAAAUUUACAAACAAAUAUAAUUAGACUUUGUAUAGAUGAAAUAUCUUACAAUAAUUUUUAUUGGAGAUUUAUAAAACAAAACUGGCCAGCGAUUUUAACGAAUGUGUCCAAUGAGUGGGAAUGUAGUCACACAUGGAUAUCAAGCAAGCUGGGUGCAGAUGCUACCAUUAAUUUUGUUUUCCUCAAGGAUAAAAUAGAAGAUUGUUUAGUUCCUGUAACAAUCUGUUCAGACAAAAGUGUAUCGAGUGAAUUAUCAUUUUAUGAUUUCUUAAACAAAUGGGAAAAAUAUAUUCAAAGUAGUGACAGUGAUGAAGACUGUAAUUUCCCUUAUUUAAAAGAUUGGCAUUUAAAAUCGCAACUCCCAUAUUACGAAUUUUAUCAUAUCCCCAAACACUUUUCCUCAGAUUGGUUAAAUGAAUUUCUAACAGAGAAUGGCUUAGAUGAUUAUCGAUUCGUUUAUAUGGGACCGAAAAACACCUGUAGGACACCUUUUCAUGUAGAUGUUUUCGGAUCAUUCAGUUGGUCUGUCAAUGUAUAUGGUUGCAAAAAAUGGAUUCUUUUACCUGCCGGUGAGGAGUUAAAAUUAUUGGAUCAGUUCAAAAAAUUGCCUUCCAAAAUUAAUGAGGAAGCGUUAAGAAAAUCAAAUGUAGCUUUUUUUGUAAUAUAUCAACAAAAGAAUGAAGCGAUAUUCGUGCCAAGUGGGUGGUAUCAUCAAGUAUACAACAUUACCGACACUAUAUCGGUAAAUCAUAAUUGGUUUAAUGCUGUCAAUAUUAGAUACAUAUGGUGUAAUGUUUCUGAAAAUUUAAGAAAAGUUAUGAAUGAAAUAAGUGAUCUCAAAAAUUUUCACAAUUUUUAUGAACAAUGUCAACAAAUUUUGCACGCAGAUUUUGGUUUAAAUAUUUGUGAAUUUUUGGAUAUACUUUGUUUUAUAGCUAAGAAGCGUUUAUUUAUGAUAGAAAAAAGUCGGGGAAAUGCGAACAAUGGAAAUAUUCAGUGCCUCUCAAGUAUGAUGUUUCAUCUUAAUGACUUCCAUAUUUGCUAUGAUUUAAAAAAUAUCUACACUCUAUUAAAAACAAUGACUCAGGAUAAAAUUGUCUACAACUGCAAAGAAUUAUAUAAGAAAUGCAUAACAUUUAUCAGUCUCUUAGAUCAAUACUCCCAUCAAAUGAGCGAGAGUACAUCUUGUUUAUAAAAAUAAUUAUAAAUAAAUGCUAACAGAUUAGCUGAAUUUGUUUGUUGUAUUCGUAAUGGCAAUAUAUGGGCUUCAUAUAAUUAGGAUUGAUUGUAGAAUAUCGUUGGAUUACUAAUAUUUAGCUUUUUGCGGUAGCAACGUUAUAAUUUUGUUAGAUGUUUGUUAUUGUUUUUAUUCGACCCUAUUCCCGUUGUCGUUAUCGUUUUAAAAGUAAUAAGAACGCCUAUUUGGUAUUCCUGUCUGCGUUAUCUACAUUUAUCGAAAAUAAAUUGAGAUUCCAAAAUUUUAAACGAGUAUAGUAACGACAUAGAAACACUCGUUUAUUGUCGUUGCAAUAAUUAAGAGCGACAUAAAAACGACACGGUUAUUUGAAAGAAUCGCCCCUAUUCCCGUUGUCGUUAUCGUUUUAAAACGACUUAAGAACGCCUAUUUGGCAUUCCUGUUGGCGUUAACGACAUUUAUCGAAAAUAAAUUGAGAUUUCCCAAUUUGCAACGACUAUAGAAACGACAUAGAAACAGUCGUUUUUUGUCGUUGCUAUAAUUGUGAGCGUCAUAGAAACGACGCGGUUGUUUGAAGGAAUAUUUGAAGUAAAGAUGAAAAUUCCAAAUCGGAAACAGUUUGAAAUUUUAAUUUCUGAAAUGGAAAAAUAUCCUGCAUAUGCAUAUGAAAAGGGAUAAAUCCUUCAAAUUUCGAUUUCUUGUGUGGGAUAUUUAAAAAAAAAAAAAAAAAACUAUAGCCAUUCCACUGCUUUCUCGCGUCGGAAAUUGUUGGCAUUAAUAAAAUUGCAUUUUUAUAUCUAAGAGUAUAUUUAAGAUAUGAAAGGUCUAAAAAUUCAAAACGAAGAAGAAAAUAGUACUCCAACAAGACGAGGAGUUAAUAAACACCUACCCAUGUCUCCUUUGGCUGGACCACUAGGUAGAGUAGUCGGAUUAGCCAGAAGCAAGGAGCAUGAGACGCUGGAAGUAUAACACAUUUUAGAAGAAAGUUAGGAGGACGCAGAUGUCACCACUACUUCUUUUAAAAAAUCAAAUACAGAUGGAAGACUAACAUUGUUGUACGUAAGUACAAUAAUUACAGUGAUAACGUUGUUUAGAGUAAAUAGAGAAUAGCAUAAAAUCCAUUAAGGACUGCUUUAAAAAUUUGUCUCGUUACAUAAGAAAGAAAUUUUUAUAUGGGAAAAGAGCGCCUUAAAGUAUACUAUAUAAAAUAUGUAGACAAAUUUCGAUAACUUAUCUUAGGCGUUACGAUAUACUUCAAGAAUACCAAUUUAGGAACGACGACUUACAAACGAAUAUUAAAACGACAACGACAACGGGAAUAGGGCCGAAUAUUUGAGGUAAAUAUGAAAAUUACGAAUUAGAAAUAGAGUGGAACUUCUCUAACUCGCAUCAUCAUUUUCAUUAAAACAUGCAAUUUUUUAAAAAGCUGUAAAAUAUAGAUUUACCUACAGUUUUAUUUAUUUACUUCGCACAAACUUUUAUGUUAAUACAUUAAAACAUAUAUUCUCUAAUUUUGUAUGUUGCAGUUUGCUAUUGUUUGGCUCUUGACUUCUAUAU